CGUUCUGCCCUGUCGCCCGCAGGUGAGAGGCCCUUCGCCUGCAGCUGGCAGGACUGCAACAAGAAGUUCGCGCGCUCCGACGAGCUGGCCCGGCACUACCGCACGCACACGGGCGAGAAGAAGUUCAGCUGCCCCAUCUGCGAAAAGCGCUUCAUGCGCAGCGACCACCUGACGAAGCACGCGCGCCGCCACGCCAACUUCCACCCGGGCAUGCUGCAGCGGCGCAGCGGGGGCUCGCGGACCGGCUCCCUCAGCGACUACAGCCGCUCGGACGCCAGCAGCCCCACCAUCAGCCCAGCCAGCUCGCCCUGAGCCGGGUGCUGCCGGCGCGCAGCAGCACAGCCCCGCCCGCCCCUCCGCGGGGGCAGGCCGAGGACCCUCCGCCCCCACUACAGCCAUGAGCAGAUAUGCUCGCCCUUCCUCGUGAUGCCGCGUCUUUUCCUUUUGUAAUAAGAAAGAAGAGAGAACUUUAUGAAGUCAGUAACAACAACACAACAAACAAUUUCUUCACCUCAGGUGUCAAAGUAAAUUUGUAAAAAAACAACAAAAAAUUUUCAAAAAACACCAUCCACAAAUUGCACAAUAGACAUACCCACAAAGGUGAGAUUCAGUGGUGUUGAACCCCCCCCUUUCUCAGGGAUGGACAUGUUCCACGAGGUCAGUGAGGACACCCCUUUCCUGCCGCCUUACUCUGUACAUAGAUUUGCACUCUGGAGUUUCUGUUAGGUUCGGGAACACACUGGGGACAAAGGAGACGAAACAGUGCAGGUGGGCUCAGCAUCCAGCCUGUGGGUCAGUCGAUUGGUCAGUUCUGAGCGGACACGGUCACUGACAUUUGCUUUCAGGCCAGAUUCCCAAGCAGGGGGCCUCCUAGCCGCCAGCCUCUUCCCCAGCAGCCCUGCCGGGCUCAGGACGUAGAUGAUUCAGAGGGAUGCCUUAAGCUGUACGGGGCAAAAGAAGUACUCCACCUGGGAAGACCACAGAGGCGCCCGCCUCGUGCGCGGCCCUGCCCAUCUCCCUCCGCCCGCCUCCAGGAGCCUUUCUCUGGGCCUCUCAGAGCACUGGAAGCAGAGACCCGAGCCCUGGUUGAUCAGCUCACUGCACCAUCUGAAGUCCGAUGUGACAGGGCCCGGGCCACGUUUGCCCAGGCCUCGGCCUGCCUGAGGUAUGUGCCCCGCGUAGGGACACCUGAUCGUCUGUGUCCUGCAGAAGACAGCUGCGGAAGGCACCUGGGGACCUCUCACUCUAUCAUGUUCUCUGACUGGAAAACAGAGCCUGGGAAUCCCGGUCUUCUUCAAAGAUGUCUAAAAGUGUCUUUGGUGCCUCCAGUUCCCAUGUUCUCCUGGACCAGCCCUGCUGUCAAGACACCUUUAUUUGAAACCGUGGGGAAGGUUGUUGGGCCACCUUGCCAGAGGCCCAGUGUGUGUGGCCAUGCACGUGGCAGCGCUCGGUGCUUCACAGAGACAGUUCUGUAGCAAGAGACCGGAACAUUGUGACUUGGAACUUUUUGGGAGUGGUAAAGCAGAUGUUAUGGGAAAUGCUGUUGGGGAAUGUGCAUUCUGUUUCCUCCCCAGGGAACACCAGACAGAAAGUUGUGGGAAAUACUUUGCUCAGACCCACUGUGUUCCCAGCUUGGAAUUAGCAAACCUCCAGCUUCUCCGUGAGCUUUGCACCCCCUGGACUUCUCCCUUUCCCUCCCAUCUCUCCCCACCUGCCUGGGAGGGCCCAGCCCACACCUGCCCAUGGCGCAUUAGGGCUUCGGGGGCUCCAUUGCCAGCGUUCUCCUGCCAGGAGAGGAAGAGCAGAGAGCUGAGCAGUUUCUCCUGGAGCCCCGGCCUGGGCUGGGCUCGGGUUUGAGCCCUGGCAGGGCAGUCGGGCUGGGCUCCAGCGUGCUGCUCUUCUGCAGACAUUUGGAGGUUCCACCUCAGUGCUGCUGCCCAGGCACCUCCCUUCCCUUCCUCCUGAGAGUGGGGGCGUGUAAAUACAAGCCCCCCGGACAGCGCGUGCGUGUGUGUGUGUGUGUGUGUGUGUGUGUGUGUGUUGGGGUGGGGGUGUGGGUUUGGGGUGGAUUUGGGAUAUCUUGCAGAGACCUCUGCUCAUUUUGCUGAGGAGGAAUGACCCUUGGGACCUCAGAGGGCUGUAGAUGGGCUUCCUGGGCCCAGAGUGCCUUGGUUGUGGCCAUCCUGCUUCUACCCCCACCAUAUCAUGGCAUGGGGUGCAGCACAGAGAAGCCCCAGAGACCCAGGCCUGGCUGGUGCUCACAGCCCUUGGCCACAGCUUUGGGCCAGACCCUCUGUCCAUAGUGACCACAAGGGCGGCAGUCUGCUGUCUGCUCACUUGGGUGCCCCUUUCUAACUCUAGUAUGUGUCAUCUGGGGUCGGCCAGUGGCAUGGUGGUGACUUCUGAGUAGCAUGUUAGGUACCAAGUUGGGCAGUAGUAUUGUUCUUGUUAUGGGUGGAAGCCAAGCAGGGCCGGGGGGUCAGGUGCAGAGCUGAUUGCCCUGGCUGCCGUGCCCCAUUUGGGCUGCAUGACAGCCCUGCUUGCAUUUGGUCUGGGGGAGAGGGUGGAAGAUCCUUUAGAGACCUGGACAGAAGAGUGCCCUGAGUGCUUGGGGUGAAAGAUCUUCUUGCCCAGUUCCAAAGCGAGGCCCCUCCCAAAGUUGUUUCUGUGUGAGGCAUAGAAAGCCACACUCUGAAUACAUUUCAUGUCUCAGGAACUCACAUUCCAGGUUCAGGAAUUUUAUUCCAAAGUCCUUUGGUGUGCUCACCGUCCACGGGUCCCCGAAGGCAGGGAGAGGGAGCUGUGUGUCUCUGGGAGGCCACACAGCGCUAUCCCCUUGAGGAGCCAGGAGUCUCCUUGUGAUCUGCCCACUGGCAUCUCAGAAGGAGGGUUUCUAACCCCACAUCUGUCUGCACAUAGGAAGGGGAGUAAGGACUCUAAACCCAGUCAUCUUGGAAUAAAAGAAGAGCUGGUUUGUUUUAGAGGCGGGGUGGGGGGUGGGGGAGGGAAAGCGGGUGUUUGCUGUUUCCAAAGAGAGCACUUAAUUUAAUUUUUCCUCUAAAUGACCCAGGGCUGUUCCGUCUGAUAGAUGGAAGGGUAACAUUGCCUUAAAACAGAAAUAUGCAGGCAUUGGCCAUUUUUGGCAAAUGAGUGUGUCUUCAUUCCCAAAGCGGUUCUGGUCUAAUGGCAGGGUGCGGUCCUUCCGCUGUGGGCCUGGCCUGGGAGAUGGGGCGCUGCUCUGCUGACUUAGGGCACCUGGAGGGAAUUCCCACCUGGCAUCCCUGGGCACUUGGCCUGGGGCUCCGGUCGGACCAUCCUGACUCAUCUGGGGCUAUAAUUCAUCUCACUUGAAGGGUGGGAAAAAUCCAUGAACCUCAGGCGAGGCUUAAAUGGGCUCUCACUGGCAUCUCAUCAUCAUGAAAUGAGUGCUCGUGGAAAGGGGCAGUGGGCCUUGGAAAGCCACUCCCUGGGGCGCCCACUGGAAGUAGUUACAUGGGGCAGACCCUCCUGAAACAGCCUGCAUUUUCUUCUAAGAUGUAGAAUGUCUUUCCAGCCUGGGUCUAUUUCAGGGUCUUUCAUUUUUCUGGUUUAUGGCCAUGCUUGCUGGCUUCAGCGUGAUUGAAGAACCCAUAGGACUCCUAGACAUAAUAGUGAAAACUCAAACCUUUAUUUUGUAGCAGACUUGUUCUCACAGGCCAAGGGGGCAGAGAUAUCAAAAUGAAGGUUGCCUGAACAAAGAAUUUCCUCCAAAAAAUCCUAAAAGUGACCCUGGACUCAAACCAUCAGAGGGCUGGUGUUUAGCUCACAUCCCAAAUAAGAAAGCCCCUGUUUGCGUCAGCGAUGUUAGGACACCAGUUGUCGGCUCCCCGUAUGCCCACGGAAUCCUACAGCCAUCCAGAAAGAAACAGAUGAACACAGCCGUUUCCACAAAGGGCCCGGGGGCCCUCUUCUGUAGGGUGCUAUGUAGGAACAGGCAGCGAUGCCCUUGAUGGGAAUGUAGUCCUGGAGGUGCCCUACCUGCAUCCUGCCAUACCCCCACUUCGGCACUUGAGGUGCAGGACACCACCCACCCUUUAUUCUGAGGCCAUGCAACCGGGCAGGUGCAGGAUUCGCCACGGUGCAGCCUCCAGGUGCAAACAUCAGUGGGACUGGGGUCCCCAGAUCUCACCGUACCCUGGGUCACAGCUCAGACCAGUGGGGAGUGACUCGGACAUAGGAACAGACAGGCCACGGGUGGCCCCCAGCCCACCUGUUGGGAGAUGAAGAGAGGGCUGGUGGCUUUCUCUGGUCCCAAGUGAAUUACGGCAGAACUGGGGUCUCCAGUCGAGGUCUCUGCUGCCCGGCCCAGAGUCUGCAGAAGACCCAGCCUCCUUUUGCCAGAAGCAGGUGCUAAGGUGGAUGGCACAGGGUCACAGCACUCCCCAGGGACUUACACCCGUGGUCUCAGCAAGCAGGAGUGCCACCUAACAAGAAAGCAUGAUCUGAGCAAUAGCAUCCCUUGUCAUUUGACUCCUGGUUUGAGGUGUUUACAAGGCUACCUGAUUAUUUUGACUUCUGACAGAUAUCACUGAUUUUUUUUUUAAAGACAUUUUUAAAAAGUUGUUCAAUCAGAAACAGUGCUGGAAGGUUUAAAGGGUCUGAUGCGGCAGUCACAUCAAAAACAGUAAGAGAUGUUUUGUCGGUCACCCACAUCUUUUGCUACCCAAAGAUUCCUUAUGUGAUUCUGGUGACCAUAUUUUCCAAAGGUAAAAUCAAGGAUGUGGGCUGACACCUUCUGAACGCAGGAUUGCCCUGGGAGGAGCCAGCUCCUAUGACUUAUAUUCCCGAUUCUGAGGCUCAGUUUCAAAGGUUUGUCCAAGACACAUUCCAGAGAAUUUUAUAACAGAAUUUGGAUGUGCAAUCCAGCUUACUACUGAUAAAUGCCUGAACAUCAUUUAGGGUGAGGCCCUUCCCCCACCCACUGUCCUGUCCCUCACUGGUGUGAAGAUUGGAUUUGUGGGAGUUUCAAGCCCUGGAUCCAUGAGGGGAGAGGGGCCACACUUGGUUUCUUCUGACCCCCUGUAGCAAUGUCAGACUUGGAGUAUGGCCAGCUGGCCCUGUCCAGCCUCUCCCCUUCUCAUGCAGCUUUAAAACCUUACUACUUUUAUUUAAAGAUGAACAGGAUGGGAGGGGAGUGGGCCACAUGGGCAGCUUUCUCUCAGGGCUCAGGGGCAUUUUUGUAGUGACAUGUUGACAGGAUGCUGUACAUGCUCAUUUAGAAACCCCAGUAUGUGAGCUGAAUGCCUGCACGACGAC